UCCCCUCCCCCACCUCCGCCAUGGGACCCCCUGGGACCCUCGGCCUCGUCCUCCUGAUGCUCGGAGCGGCAACAGCGGAAGGAGAAUGUUCCGGGUGCCUCCCCGGGCCGGGACCAAUCGCGGCGCUCGUGGCCGCUGACGUCAUCAUGACGCUGCUGAUCGCGGGCGGAGCCUAUUGGCUGGCGGGGCGGGGCUGCCCAGCCCCGCCCAAGCCCCGCCCCCCGGAACCGGACUCGCACUACCAGGAGCUGCAGGGAGCGCGCGGGGACCUCUACAGCGAACUCAAGCGCUGAGCGCCCCCUCCCCCCCUUCUCUGGCCGCCAUUAAAGCGUUUUUUGACCGUUUUGAGGCGA